CCCGUGACUGACAGCCCCCGUGAGCCAAUCAGCUGAGAGAGGGGCGAGCACGCGCACCAAUCACAGACGUCCGCAGUGUCCGUGUGGGCGUUGACCGGGGCCGGGCUCCAGCAGCAGAGUCCUCGGCUGCAGAAACACGCGGGACGCAGAGGACACAGGCUGCGUGUCUCACUGUCUCCGGUCCUCAGCGACCUGUCCGUGUGGUCGAGGCCGAGAUAAGAAGCAGGACCCCCCCCCCGAGUUAGUUCCUGAAGCAGCCGCCGCAGAGGAGCGAGGAUUCCCCCGGUGUCUCUCCUCAUGACUCUCCGGUAAUUGCUGCAGUCGUUUUUUGGGAAUUAAGCUGCUCUCGCUGGACAUUUGGAUCAAACCUCCCCCAUCACAAAUCCUUCCCCAUGAGGAAAGAUGGGGAAUGGAUUGUCGGAACAACCUAGCUUCAUUUCGAACAUCCCGAUCUUCCAGUCUUUUCACAUCGCGAUCCUCGGGUUGGACUCUGCGGGGAAGACCACCGUUUUGUACCGGCUGCAGUUCAACGAGUUUGUGAACACGGUUCCCACUAAAGGUUUUAAUGCGGAGAAGGUGAAAGUUUCUCUGGGCAGCCACAGGAGUGCGACCUUCCACUUCUGGGACGUCGGCGGUCAGGAGAAGCUCCGCCCCCUGUGGAAGUCGUACACGCGAUGCACGGACGGCAUCAUUUUUGUGGUGGACUCUGUGGAUGCAGAGCGGAUGGAGGAGGCCAAAACAGAGCUCCAUAAAAUCGCCAAGACCUCUGAAAACCAGGGCGUGCCCCUGCUCGUAGUCGCCAACAAACAGGACUUGAGACACUCGCUGGGAUUGGACGAGCUGGAGAAACUGCUAGCGCUGAAAGAACUGGGCCCGGCAACUCCCUGGCACCUGCAGCCGGCCUGUGCCAUCAUUGGAGACGGACUCAGGGACGGCCUCGAAAGACUCCACGACAUGAUCCUGAAAAGGAGAAAGAUGCUUCGGCAGCAGAGGAAAAAGAGAUAAUUUGGACACGAGACGGACUUGUCUUCUGUUUUAUGUGAAGGAAACCUAAAAGGAUUGUCUCCCGAGUGGAUUCGAGCAGGUCCACACUCAACACGCUGAGUUUUAUCAGUCCAUAACUGAGCUCGUGGUCCUGCGAUGAUGCUGUUGACGAGGAAGUGACACGUAAAGGAAUACAGAAUGAAGACGAGAAGGUUGUAGACAUGUGGAUAUGUGAUGAAGAGUUUAUACGGAUUAAAUGCACGGAGGGUUCGGGGUUUGUAAAGGUGGUGGAAGUUGUUUCUAAGGGUGGUGUAAUGUUUCAUGAGUGGCUACCGGCUGUUCCAAAAAGUAUUACCAAAAAUAAUUUAAGAGAAGGUUUGGACUUGUUGAAGGUUUGCUUUGGUUCUUGAUUCAACAUUGAAACACCAGGGGGGGCCAGAGAGACGACCGUCAGUUUUAUACGAACUGUUUUAUAUGUUAAUUUUUUUUUUUACACUGGACUUUCGUUGAGGAAGAAGAGUAUUAUCUUGCAUUACCGCAUUAUUAUGGACUUGCUUGCUGUCUAAUACUGUAUCUGUUGAUUUUUUUUAAAAGCACUUUAGAGUAUCACUUCUUUAUAUGAAGUUUACAGAUUUUAAAUAGAGAAUACUGUGUUGGAAUUUUACAGGAAAUGUUUGGGCAAAAUGCGACAGACUGCUGUACAGUAUAGGAGGCCUCGUCGGCCACAUUGUCAUUACACAAUCGUUAUAUGCAUUAAUAUUUGCUCAAUAAAAGAUAUU